AUGAUGGAUGGUUCCAUUCCGCCGCCGUCCACCACGACCACCUCCACCACCUCCUCCAUCACUACCAUUCCAACCUCCUCUUCAUCAACCGUUUUCCGACCCCGCAAAUCAGAGGAUUGGAAUGAGUAUCGCACGGCUAUCGAGAGUCUCUACCGAGACAACCAACUCAAGCUCCGUGAUGUGAAGAGGAUCAUGGAGCGUGACUAUAACUUUGUUGCAUCAGAAAAACAAUACAAAGAUCGCCUGGCUGCAUGGCAUGUCCGCAAGAAUAUCAAGGCCAAAGAAGUCCAUGUCAUGAUCCGAAAGCAACAGAAACGAGCGGCCCGAGGCAAGCAAACAGGUUUUCGUGUUGCUGGGCAGGAAGUCGACUCCAAACGCAUCUCACGCUUUGUCCGUAGAUAUGGAUCGAACAUGGAGGCCAAUAAUUCCCGCGAGGACCCUCCGCACAGUCCUCAGGGCCAUCAGAUCAUCCAGCCCGUCCAGCCCGUCCAGCCGAUCCAGGCAACAAGUCCCGAACCAGAAACUCCCUCCGAUAUGAGCUAUUUUACCCCACCGCCAGAGGAACGAGCAAUGACAUUAUCACCUUCAACAGAAACACCGUCACAUUUCCAUGACGAUCCACCCGAACCAGUUCGUAAUCCAGGAAUUGGCAGCGCGCGAUCUUUAUCAGUCUCAUCCGGAACUAUGACCAACGACAUAACGAAACCAAUGACUGACGGGGUCCAGGGGCCAGAUGGCUGGAUGACCCUCGAGAUGUUUCAGGAAAAGCUUUUGAAGCUUUCGAGAACUCUCGAUCAAUCAAUGUCCCGAUUUGUUCCUGCCGAGGAUCGCAGCCACCAGCCCUCCAAUUCUGACCAGCAUUCUCGCUCAAUCGGGCAGUGA